GAUUGGAUGACAAACCAUCUGACGUAGAUAACAUGCCAUAUACUACCCUGUUGUACGCAAAUGGGCCGGGAUACAAUCAUAAUUUUCCCAAUGGUAGGGAAAAUCUCACAUCUACUAACACGGAGGAUAAGAACUACGUCCAGCAAAGCGCCGUUCCUCGGAGAUGGGAUUCACAUGGUGGUGAAGAUGUGCCUGUGUAUGCUCAUGGACCGAUGGCCCAUUUAUUCCGAGGCGUCUUUGAGCAAACUUACGUUCCCCAUGCCCUUGCUUUUGCAUCCUGUAUUGGUCCUCAGAGGGAUGACUGCCAAAGAAGAAGGCAGUCGUACCAUAGGCAGCUUAUCGAAUGCCCCUCCCCCCAUACAGUUGAAGAGGGGACAAACUCAUUCGAUAAUGCAGGCUAUCAGAUCGUACCUGUGUGGUACAUGUUAUAUUGUUGUUGUCUUGCCUUCAUCUUUGGAAUCAAAAGGACAUGAAUAGAGGGACGUUGUUUCAGUAUUCUGUGUAUAGCGCCUUAGGCGUUUUGGAGUUUUUGUAAAGUAUUGUACAUUACAAUGGUUUAUUUCAGAUGGUACCUUUUGUUUGAAUUUUUGGAGUUGGAAUCAUAAGUUUAGAUUAGAAGAAAGAUAAAAUAGAGUGGCUUAAAGCAUUUUUAAUUCUAAUGCAAAGUAAUCCAUUGUAUUUCUAUUUUCUAUUUUUACAACUGAACUUAUUGGAAGCAUAUUAUUUCUUCAUUUCUUAUACAGGUUCGUAAAUUAAUAUAGAGCAAUUUUUAUAAAAAUUUGAAAACUAGAAAUAACAUAGAAUGUACAUCAUGUAGCAAUCCUAAUGUAAAAUAGGUGUCUGAAAUCUUACAAUUGAAAACUUGCGUUUGAAAAUGUGCCAAAAGAAAGAGGAUUAAAAAAUAAAUAUAUAAUAAAAAUGUAAGCAAAA